AUGUCGUUCUUCAAGGCCGUCCAGACCUCGGGCAGGGAGCUGUCCCAUGAGACUAUGAACGGAAAGAAGUUCCGGCUGUUAGGUCUAGCUAUAGCAAUCUUUGUGGUGGCCAGGUUUAUUCUUCAGACAAUCUACAAUGUAUUUCUGCACCCAAUAGCAUCAGUCCCAGGACCAUGGCUUGCAAAAGUCUUUGGAGCCUACAUGGCUCCCGCUCAAGCAGGUCUUCACAGAGCCCAGACACUGCGGAGUUUGCAUGACAAGUACGGUCCUGUCGUUCGGAUAGGAACCAACGAGGUAUCCAUCUCCGAAUGGACCGCUUACCGCCAAAUAUAUAGCCAAAAGGGCAGUAAUAAGACACAUCAUUUCUACGAGGACACUAAACUAGCUGGUCCCGGAAAUCUCUUUACUAUCAUCAACAAAGAGGCACACUCUGGACGCCGAAAACUGCAAAACCCAGCGUACUCUCAACAGGCCGUCUUGGAAAAUGAGGACUUUAUUGCCAACAGAGCCGAUGUGUUGGUGAGGCGUAUCAUGAAUUCACACGCAGGGAACCAGUCAUCCAAAACUGUUGCUGACGUUUUCCUCCUCGAUGGCCUCUUCAGCCUGGAAGUCAUAUUGAAAUGUGCCUUCAAUCGUCACUACGGAGACUCGCCGGCAGGGGAUUCUUUGACGCUGCUCAGGGCCAUGGACUCCAGCGCCGUAGCGAUCCAAGUCCGCGCUGCUCUCCCAUUCAUCACUCGAUCUCUUGGAAAGCACAUCCCGGGCAAUAUCGGGAAGUCCUACAGAGGAUGGGACGUGUGGGAAUCAAUGACGAGAACUUUGGUGGAGCAGUUCCAGCAGAACGAAGCAGCUUCAGAUGUCCGACAACGCUUCAUGACCACACCGAUGAUCGUCAACGAAGAUACCUACCUGGGCCGCAAAAUGAACCAGGAAGAGCUUGUGGACGACAUGAUGGCCGUUGCCUUUGCCGGCAGCGGCACAACCUCCACCACGCUGACCUACCUGAUAUACUCUCUCGCGCGCGACCACAAGAGACAAGACCGUCUAAGACAAGAGCUGCAGACCUGCAACGAGACCCUGAAUGACCUCAAAGACCUGCCGUUCUUGAACGCAGUCAUCAAGGAAACCAUGCGCGUCUACCCUACCAUCAUGUCGACUUUACCCCGUGUCUUGGAUGAGCCGUUGACGGUGGACAAAUACGUCUUGCCCAAGGGCACCUUCGUCGGCAUGCAGAACUACGUCCACCACCGGGACCCCCGGCUGUAUCCCCACCCGGACGAGUGGUGGCCAGAACGUUGGCUCGAGGACGGUUCGAACGUCAAGGACAUGAACGCGGCGCUCACCCCCUUUUCACUGGGCCCGUACAACUGCAUCGGUCAGAAUCUGGCCAGAGCGGAAUUGUACUUGGCUGUGAGCAAGGUCUUUAGGAAGCUGCGACUGACUCUGAAUGCGGACAUGACGGACUGGGACAUGGAAAUGGAAGAUCGGUUUAACAUUGCUCCCAAGGGACGGCGUUGUCUGGUGGAUGUUGAGGUCUCGAAUUGA